CGACUGAACAGCUUAAAGCUGAUACACGAUACGAAAUGAUGGAAAACAGAAAGGAGAGAAGAGAAAAUGUGUUAAAUGUGAAGCGAUUCUUUAGUGCUAGCGUUGAGAAUUCUGAUUCAGACAAGCCGAGUGAACCUUUGUGUCUGCUUCCAGAAGAACUUGAAAUUUUGGUUCGAAAUUUGCAGAGGAUUUGUUCGAGACAAUCAGCUAUUGUGAGUCUACGUCGCUUUGUGACAGAUGAAAUCAGAGUGACUGCCCUAUGCCACGUUGAAAGCAGUAUGAGGUCAAUUGUGAGCAUUCUCAUCAAUGGAACAUCAGACGUUCAAGUAGAAGCUGCAUGGUGUUUGACAAAUAUUGCUGCUGGUUCUCAUAAACACACGAAAUCUGUUCUAAAAGCGGCAGGAGCAUAUCUUGUAACAUUUCUAGAAAGCUUUGAUCAAAGACUUCAAGAUCCAUGUGCAUGGGCUGUUGGAAAUAUUGCAUCAGACUGUAAGAGUUUUCGACAAGUUCUCUUUGCUCAAGGCGCUGUUCAUGCUCUUAUACUUCUCUUGGACUUCAGGUCACAAAGUGUUGGCCACUCUGCCUUGUUUGCCUUAGCAAAUAUCACCCUUGAUGUGAAGGAUGACGUGAUGUCUGCUGCUGUUACUUCAGGCAUUGUAUUGAAAGUUGUACAGCUGAGUCGCGUGGAGAAGAUGGAACUGGGGAUGUUGACAGAACUUACUAGACUGAUGAUGCACAUUUGCUCUUGGAACAAUCGAUCAUUCCGAGAAUCAGUUGCUUCACAUGAAUUGAUAUCAAGUGUUGUAAACCUACUUGAACAUCUGAUUGUGGACAUGCAAUUGUACAUAGCUCCCAUUACAUGGAUUGUGAGAGCUAUAGCAAACUUUCUGGAAUCAGGACCUUGUAUUGAGGAUGAGCAUGUGGCUUCUUUACUGCCAUCAUUGUUGUCGUCAGGUCAUGAUUUUUUGACUAAAGAGUUGCUCUGGUGUUUAGCCAAUCUGACUGCCAGUCAUCCUUCCAUGCUGUCUGAACAUAAAAUUCUUCCGAUAGUUGUUUCAUUGUUGUCUUGUAAAGCAACAGAUGUCAGACGGGAAGCAGGUAUAGUAAUUAUGAAUGCUGUAUGUCAAGUUCCUGGUUUUGAUGUUUUUGCUGUUGACUUGGGAAUUCUUCAUCCAAUGAUUGAACUCCUUAAGUCUACAGAAAUUCAUUUACUAAAAUUGGGAAUCCAAUUUUUUGAUGUCAUCAUGGCAAGUUGCAUUGAUCAUGACAUACCAAUUCUGCGUCCUGUCAUGUUGUCAGUUGUGAAAGAUAUCAAGUCACUUUGUGACCAUCCCAAGCCACAGAUACAGCGUUGGACACAAGAACUCAUUAAAAUGUACAAAUUGGAUGAGACCUAACGUUGGUAUAGAGUGCUUCAUAUACAAUUUGCUGAUUUAUUUUAUGUUAUUGUAUCCAGUUGUAUCGGUGCUAUUGCUGUAGAUAGUUCACAUGUGAGGCAGGCAACAGUAAGUUAUGAUUGGAAUCAGUUCAAGAUGGUCAGUAAAAUGCCACGGUCAUUCAGGUAACAUUACUAUUUCAUGAAGAUGUGUGACAUUGCAACUAAACAGUUACAGUAUAAUUGUCCAUGCACUCACAUGUCUGAAUAGUCAAAUACUAUAAGUUUAGAUUGUAAGAUAUCACAGUGAGAUCUUGCAUGUAGGUUUCAAGAAACGGAUCAACCUCCAAACGCAUAUAUAUGACUAACCUAACAGCUACUAACUAACAGCAUGCAGUGUACGUAGAUACAGCUUGCUGAUGCUGCAAUGAUAAUUCAAUGGGAAGUGCCUCACAAAGGCAGCUCAAUAAAAACAUGUAUAGGUAAGUUGC